UGCAGUCUUGAGCUCAGGAGGUGGCACAAGGAAAUCUUCCUGGUAGGAGACAAGGACACAGCUCAGCCUGUGUUGCUGUCACCGAGUGUUAGAUUUGUGGGGACACAUUGUGCUGUACAGCGUGUGUGAUAGGGAUGCAGGGGGAUUGUCCUCUCAGCUACAUCACUGUAUUGUCUGCCUGAAACAAAGAUCCAAGUGCAGCUCCCACACACAGCAUCCUCCCUGCACAUCCCCCUCGUCCUGCAGCAUUCACUGGCAACGAGGUAGAAAGAAUGGGUCACCCGCCAUUAGAAUUCAGCGAUUGUUACCUGGAUAGCCCAGUCUUCAGAGAGAGUCUGAAAGGUUAUGAGCUUGAGCUAGAGAGAACUAACAAAUUUAUCAAGGAUGUGAUAAAGGAUGGGAAUUCUAUGAUCAGCGCUAUUAAAGGUUGCUCCAGUGCCGUGCAGAAAUUUGCUCAAACAUUACAGAGCUUUCAGUUUGACUUUAUUGGAGACACCCUAACAGAUGAUGAAAUAAAUAUUGCUGAGUCCUUCAAGGAGUUUGCUGAUCUUCUGCAGGAGUUAGAAAUUGAGAGAAUGAUGAUGCUUCAAAAUGCAGACAACAUACUCAUCAAACCUUUGGAGAAUUUUCGCAAGGAUCAAAUUGGCCUCACCAAGGAUCGAAAGAAGAAAUUUGACAAGGAUAGUGAAAAGUUUUACUCAUUGUUGGACCGACACCUACACCUUUCAUCCAAAAAGAAAGAGACCCAGCUUCAGGAGGCGGAUGUCCAGGUAGAUAAAGAGAGGCAGAAUUUCUAUGAAUCCUCGCUUGAAUAUGUCUACCAGAUUCAAGAGGUGCAAGAGAGCAAGAAAUUCAGCAUUGUUGAGCCGGUUCUCGCAUUCCUGCAUUGCCUCUUUACAUCCAAUAGUCUGACCUUUGAACUCACUCAGGACUUUUUGCCGUAUAAACAGCAGCUGCAGCUCAGCCUACAAAAUACCCGGAAUCACUUUAAUAGCACCCGAGAGGAGAUGGAGGAUCUAAAGAAGAGAAUGACGGAUGGCGCCAUGAUCUGCAAGCUGCGGGGACAGAGCACCAUCGAGGGACACCUGUAUGCUCAGGAGAAACGGGCUCUUGGCAUUACCUGGGUAAAAUAUUACUGCAGGUACGACAAGGAGGGGAGAACAUUAAACAUGCUGUCCUUGGAGCAGAAGCCUGGAUCCAAGCAAGGAAACCAGGAGCUCACGCUCAAGUCUUGCAUCAGACGGAAAAGCGAGUCCAUCGAUAAGAGGUUCUGCUUCGAUAUAGAGACCAAUGAGAGGCAGGGAACCCUCACCUUGCAGGCUCUGUCAGAAGCCAACAGACGCUUGUGGAUUGAAGCAAUGGAUGGCAAAGAACCGAUCUAUCACAAUCCCAUUACAAAACGAGAUGAAAUGGAGCUAAAUGAGGUUGGGUUCCGAUUUGUCCGCAAGUGCAUAAAUGCUGUGGAAGCAACAGGAAUUACUUCUGAGGGUGUGUACAGAACUGUGGGUAGUAACAUCCAAGUGCAGAAGCUUCUCAAUGCCUUCUUUGACCCUAAAUGUCCUGGGAAUGUGGAUCUUCAGAGCAAUGACUAUGACAUUAAGACUAUCACAAGCUCUCUCAAGUUCUACCUCAGGAAUUUGUCAGAACCAAUCAUGACUUACAAACUACACCGUGAUCUUGUUUCUGCUGCAAAGUCAGAAAAUUUGGAUUACCGUCUUGGUGCAAUUCAUUGUCUGGUUUAUAGAUUGCCUGAAAGCCAUCGGAGUAUGCUGGAACUUCUCAUUCGCCACCUGUCCAGAGUAUGUGAAUACAGCAAGGAGAACCUCAUGACUCCCUCUAAUAUGGGAGUGAUUUUUGGCCCAACCCUUAUGAGGGCCCUGGAGGACACAGUGGCUGCAAUGAUGAACAUCAAGUUUCAGAACAUUGUUGUGGAGCUCCUCAUUGAACACUGUGAGAAGAUAUUCUGUGGCCCUCCUGAGGAAAACUCUACUCCUCCUGCUCCUCCACCUAGAAUAAGCCCCCGUACUCACAAACCCAUCACCAUCUCCAAACGCCCAGCUAGAGUCAGAGGAACACUACAGCAUGGACUGAGCGAAGGGGAAGAAGACAGUUUUAUCCAGACAAUGAAUGGCUCCAUUGCAAAUCACAACGACCCACCCCUUCCACUUCAAAGGAAGAAGGUGCCAGCUGUUGGACUUCGACUGGGGAAUGGGGACAUUAAGGAACAGCAAGAAAACACAAGCUCUGAGGUUGAUGUGGCUAAGAUGAUCUCAAGGAUGCAGGAUAAUAAUGCAAAGACCCCCACAAAGCACAUGAAUGGGGAGCUCUCUGUACCCUCCCCAGUCACCAGGCCAUCUCCCGUGUAUGUCAAACGCGUUGUGUCUCGCCCAUUAGCUUCACGAGACGGUGAAUUAGAUAACAUCAACAAAGCGCGCUCCCCAGGAGAGAGACCACUUAUCUCCCGCCCACCGAUGAGGCCUCCAGACCCACCAAACAGAGCAUCUCUAGUCCAGAAAUCUGAGCCAAGACCAGAGAUUCUCUCAGAUGGAAAGGAACAAAUAUCUUCAUCAGUAGUGGCGUCACGCACAAAAUUUUUUGAGAAGGCAUCAAGGCCAAGGGGAAGUCCGCCAUCCCCUCCUACCAAAAUCCUUGAAGAGGAAAGCUGAGGACAAAGGAUGUGACGCUUAUUUUCCCUGGCUGGUCCCAGGAAAGGCUCCAUUGGUUUCUCUGAAGAGCUCCUCGCAGGACGUUGAGAUUAGAGCAUAUCAUGCAGUGGGUUUGUGAAUUAAUCCAUCCACCUCCUUCUAUGUUGUAUCUGAGGGACGUUACAAGAAGUGUUAUUUUAUUUCUCUCAUGCCUGGUAGCAUCGAGGACUUGUAAAAGCUCUGUUAUUACAAGAGGGGACCUGUGAUGUCCUCUGUACAUAAUGUCUAUUGCAUGCAGGUCUUUACAAUGAGAUCUGUGUACUGAAAAGAGGGGACUUUGUAUAUGAUCUGCUCUCACCACCCCAGCUCCACUUGCUUUCCACUAAAGAGCCAGAAAUGACCAGGUUGAAAUGAGAAUCUUCUACAUAUAUUGCACUUAAAUUGUUGACGGCCGUGUCAGCAUUAGAGCUAAUAUUUAUUGUGUAAAUAAAAACAGAUGAAUGAAGAUUUCGAGUAGAACAACAAAUAUAAGAGAAUGCACACUUUGUUAUAUAGUGGCAGAGAUCACACACGGCAGCUGCUGUAACACAAUCAGUGAUAUUAAAGCAGAAAAACAAACAAACUGCUGUGACCACAAAUGGAUUCUUGCUUAUGUUUGUAAGAAAGCUUUGUUCAUAAAUUCUUAUGUAUUCAUAUAGCAGACUGUGAGCAGAUACGACCACAUAUACAAUCAUAUUGUAUGUUUUAAAUUAUCAAACCCUACUGUGCUGUAUUUAUGGUCUCUCUGUUUAUCCAACAUGUAGUCUUAGAAUGAACCAUCUCUACUGAAAGGGAUGCCCAUAUGUCUAUAACUUUCUCAGUAACAUACUGCAGUAUUCUGUCUUUCCUCUUAUGUGCCAUCCCAUUAAAGAGUCAUUAAACAGAUUUUGUAUGUGUAAAAACUGUGCUUGUCCAAGCUCCCUAGGAAAGCCAUAAAUAAAUAUUUUUUGAUCAUGAAUGCUGCAAUACAAUAACUGGUUUAGGCAAUUUGCAGCAUUUUGAAAAAUACCUGAUUUACAGAAUUUAAUCUUUCGCUACUAUAGGGAACCCUUUAACCCCUUUGUUCCCAUUCUUCUUUGGCAGCCAAGGCACUACAUGUUUCCUACCUUUUUAAUAUAUGUAUUUUAUGAUGUAAAAUUACACUAAGAAAUAUAUGAAUGUGACUGUAUUUACAGUUUUCUAUGAAAAACUAUUAUUUUCCUCCAGCAGCAAAUCUGAAUCAUUCCUUCUGUGAAAACUCAAAAUCGCAAACAUUAAAUUGGCAGCUCUCACUAAUGUUAUGGGAAUUUUUAAUUAACUCUGAGUAUUUGAUAACCUUAAUUUCCCUGGAUUUUAAAAUACCAGUCUAAGUGCCUUAGUGGAGGGUUGUUUACACUGAUAUGGGUGUGAGGAGUCCAGAUUGGGGGGCGUGGGCCUACAUUUGGCAAUACAGAGAACUCUGGAGCAGUCACAAGUUGUUUAGAUAAAUCGGUACAAUCUAAUGUUGACCUACAGUUUACUCUGAUUCCUGCACCUCGCUAUAAAUCAGACCAUUUUGUUUGGCUUUUUUUCUGUUGUGCACUACAUGGGUUAACAAACAUUUAUAUCUUUACACAGCAACAUCCUUCAGAAUUCUGGAACAAUAUCCACUGAUGGGAGGGGGAGGUAUUUAAAAAUGUUCUGUGGCAGCCAUCAUCAUAAAUGCCUGUGCUACAUUAUCUCAGAUACUUGAUAUUCCUAAACAAUUUGAAGCUUAAGAUCCUUAAUUAAAGACCUAUUGUUCUAUUUAUUAGAUAUUUCACUGUCAGCAAAGGAUCCUAAAUGCCUUUUGGUGAAGUCAAUUGUCAAACUGUGAUUAUCACAUUACCACUCUGUAUAUCUGUCGUCUUCUAGAAAUAUCAUAGAUCCUUUUUCAUGCUAUCUUCUGUUAUAAAUAAAUGGGCACACUUUAUUAUUCAAACAUUACCUACACUGCCGGAAAGUGAAGUGGCUUCAAUCACACAGUGGCAUCACAGUAGUUUUUCAUCCUAUGAGAAAUAAAGUUGGUCUUAUGUAUUUUCUUUAGAUUUGCAUUGUAUUCCCAUGCAAGAGAAAGUUUACCAAACUAAAGCUGUUUGUGUUAAUAUAUAGAAUGAGAAGGAAACAAAAUCAAAAGUAAAUACAUGAUUAAAAGAAGACACCAGGAUAUUUUAACUCUUGCCCUGCUGUGUUAAACUACUGCUCAAUGCAGUUAGAGUACACGUGUUUUGCUGUUGAUUCCAUUCUACAGCCAAUCAACAUUUUAAUUUUAAAUAUUUUUUACAGUGCAAUGUUCCUUAAACUUGUUUUGUGUUUUUGUGAAUAGCUUUGUAAAAUGUACUCUGUACAUAUUUUAUUGUCUUGUCUACUUUAUCAAGUAUCAAACUUUCAAUGUGUUUAAUGAAAUGAAGGAAGGAAAAAACAAAAUAAAUAUUGUGUUUCAAAAAAGUA